GCGCUCAGCUGCGGCCAGAUUUAAAGAGACAGGUUCGGGCUAGUUGUUAGUUGUUGAAAUAGUGACAAAAAUAAUAAAAAAUAAUAAUAAUAAAAAUUAGUAAUCACCGCCGCCAUCGUUAUUUCGAAGCUGGGAAUCUUUUUUUGUUGUUUGUAUGUAAAUAGAGUGGGUUUUUAAAAAAGAGAAACGCAGCGAUGCUCGGGUAGUUGGGCUAGUUUUUUCCUGAGCUGAGGGUCCGGCGGUGCUGCCACUUGGCCAAGAUUUCUCUUUCUUUCCUUAUUUAUUUAAUUUUUUCGCACAGCCAUCUGAUACAGCAAAUAUACAGCGAAACAAAGUGGGUAGGCGAAACUAGAUUACCGUUUUCUAGUUUUUUAUAUGUAACUUUGCCACACACACACAGAGGAGAGAGAGUGUGUGUGUUAAACCAAUAAAAUAAUCCCGGUUUGGUGUUUUGGUGGCUGCUGCUGCUCCUGAGCACAAUGGCGAAAAUUCAAGCUCACAGCAGCACCAAGCACAUCAACCAGAUCCAGGACAAAGCGUUCAGCGCCCAGAAACACCAGCAGCACUUCCAGAAACUGAAGGUAGAAGAUGCGUUAUCGUACUUGGACCAGGUUAAAAUCCGGUUUGCAAAUGAUCCUGGGAUUUACAACAAGUUCCUGGACAUUAUGAAGGAGUUCAAAUCUCAGAGUAUUGAUACACCGGGUGUAAUAAACCGGGUCUCCCAGUUGUUUCAUGGCCACCCGGACCUCGUGCUGGGCUUCAAUGCGUUCCUGCCUCCUGGAUAUCGGAUAGAAAUCCCAAAAAACGGAAUGGCCUUCCUGCAGUCGCCCUUCAGUCCGCAGCAGGUUUCUCCUGGCAAGGCAAAGAGCACAGAGUCGAGUUCAGCUCAGAGUGAACCAGUAACGUCGCCUCAGAGCACCUCGCCGACGCCUGGAGUUCCGCCUGAACCGCCGGGAAAAAUUGCCCUGCCACCGCCCAGCCAAUCGCAGCCAGCCACGUCGUCUGCGUCCCCUCCUGCUUCGGAGGCAAGUCCUGUCGAAUUUGACAGUGCCAUCAGCUAUGUGAACAAGAUCAAGAGCCGAUUCCUGGACCAUCCAGAAAUCUACAGAUCCUUUUUGGAAAUCCUGCACACUUAUCAGAAGGAACAGCUGGAGCUGAAGGAGAAUCGAAGCAGGGUGAGUUCGGGGAUGACGGAAGAUGAGGUUUUUUCCAAAGUGGCAAGUCUGUUUAAAGGACAGGAGGACCUGCUGGCAGAGUUCGGACAAUUCCUUCCUGACGCCAAGAGAUCGCUGUUUACUAGUGGCUCUUUAACAGGCAAAGAGCAGGUGAAGAAAAUGGACGAGGAGGACUUUAAUAAGCAAGGCAAGAAAAGGCCACGGCCACUUCUAAUGCCUCACAUGACGCCGCUGCUUAAGAAGAAAAUGAAGUUCUCCUGCUCCAAAGAUCAGUCUUUCGCCUCAGUCGGGAAGCACGGAGUUCUCAGAGAGUUCACUUUCUUCGACAAGGUUCGGCGUUUAUUUAAGAGUCAGGAGGUGUACGAGAACUUCCUGCGCUGCAUCGCCUUGUUUAACCAGGAGGUGGUGUCAGGAGCUGAGCUCCUGCAGCUUGUCACACCGUUCCUUGGGAAGUUUCCAGAACUUUACACCCAAUUCAAAUCGUUUCUCGGCGAGAAGGAGCUUUCGCACUCUGUGUCUGGCCUAUCAGAGCGCUAUAUGGAAGGGGGCGGGGCCAGGGAGGUGGACUACGCUUCCUGUAAGAGACUCGGUUCAAGUUACAGAGCUCUGCCUAAAACGUACCAACAACCCAAAUGCAGCGGGAGAACAGCGCUGUGUAAAGAGGUGCUGAACGAUACCUGGGUAUCCUUCCCAUCUUGGUCGGAGGACUCCACAUUUGUGAGUUCGAAGAAGACGCCAUACGAGGAGCAGCUGCACCGCUGUGAGGAUGAGAGGUUCGAGCUGGACGUGGUUCUGGAGACCAACCUGGCCACCAUCAGGGUUUUGGAGAGUGUGCAGAAGAAGCUGUCUCGUCUCUCACCAGAGGACCAGGACCGCUUCCGAUUGGACGAUUGUCUGGGCGGGACCUCUGAGGUGAUCCAGAGGCGAGCUGUGUAUCGUAUUUACGGUGAUAAAGCUCCCGAGAUCAUUGAAGGUCUGAAGAGAAACCCAGCGACUGCUGUACCUGUAGUUCUAAAGAGAUUGAAAGCGAAGGAGGAAGAGUGGAGAGAAGCUCAGCAGGGCUUUAAUAAGAUCUGGAGGGAGCAGUACGAAAAAGCAUACCUUAAAUCUCUGGACCACCAGGGGGUCAACUUCAAACAGAACGACAUGAAGGCACUGAGGUCCAAAAGCCUCCUGAACGAGAUCGAGAGCAUAUACGACGAGCGUCAAGAGCAGAGCACUGAGGAGGGCGGAGUUGGUCAGCAGGGUCGUGAAGGAGGCGGCGCCUGCAGUGAGCCUCACCUGAUCUUCUCCUACGAGGACAAGCAGAUCCUGGAGGACGCAGCGUCCCUCAUCAUCUAUCACGUAAAGCGCCAGCCCACCAUCCACAAGGAGGACAAAGACCAGAUUAAGCGCAUCAUCCACCAUUUCAUCCCUGACCUGUUCUUCUCUCGGCGUGGUGAGCUCAGCGACACAGAGGAGUGGACGGACGAGGAGGCAGACACAGAGGACGGGGGUGGGACUGCUGCUGGUACAAUUUCAGAGACGCAGACGGCAGCAGGGAUGGCAGAGCGAGGAGGAGGGGGAGGAGUUGCAGCAGGAGCAGGGCCUACAGGAAAUCAGCAGCAGGUGAACGGUGAGUCGAGGCGGCGACGGUGUGCGUCCCCGCGUGGGGUGGAGCAACAGGAGCAGCUAGAGCAGCAGAAAGAGCAGGACGGCAUCUACAAUCUGUUCUUCGUCAACAACAAUUGGUACUUCUUCCUGCGGCUUCACCAGACUCUGUGCUUGCGGCUGCUGAAGGUGUACAGACAGGCUGAGAGACAGCUGCUGGAGCACCGUGCUGAGCAGAGUGCAGAGCGCCUCCUGGUGGCCGAGGGACGUAGAGACAAGGCCACUGAUCUCGCCAUGGAGCUGCGACUUAAGCAACCCAGUGAGGUGGAGCUGGAAGAGUAUUACCCAGCGUUUUUAGACAUGGUGCGCAGUCUGCUGGAUGGAAAUCUGGAGGGGACACAGUACGAGGACACGCUGCGAGAGAUGUUCACCAUUCACGCCUACAUUGGCUUCACCAUCGACAAACUCAUUCAGAACAUCGUCAGACAGCUGCAGCACCUGGUGAGUGAUGAGGUGUGUGUUCAAGUAGCAGAGCUGUAUGUAUGUGAGCGGAGACGGGGCGCUGCAGGGGGAAACCUCUCCUCUCAGUGUGUGAGAGCUGCCUGGGAAACCAGCUACCAGUGGAAAUCUGAGAGAGUGAUGGCUGAAGAGAACUGUUUUAAGGUGAUGUUUAUUCAGAAUAAAGGUGAGGUGACUAUGACCAUCGAGCUGCUGGACACAGAGGAGGCUCAGGCUGAUGAUCCACUUGAAGUACAGUGCCUGAGCAACUACAUGGAACAGUUUGUUGGAACUGAUAUGUCCAUGUGUUCACAAGGGGAAGGUUAUUAUUUCAAGCCUGUAUUUUUGCCCAGAAACCUGCGUCAGUUCCGGCGCUGGCAGCUGCGACAGGUGGAGGCUCUGCGCAGUCGGCGUGAGCUGCGGGAUCAGCUGGGUGUGGAAAGCGCCGGAAACCUCGACUGUCGGUUUAAACUCAACACACACAAGAUGGUGUUCGUCAUGAACUCGGAGGACUACAUGUACCGCCGUGGUGCACUGAUCAAAGCCAGGAAGACUCACUUGCAUGUGUCUCGGCUACAACGUGAGCGUUUCUCUCAUUGGCAUGGCGCGUGGCAGAGUGAGCACGUCUCCCCCGCUGCCGCCCGCUCUGUCCACGCCUGGCUUCUCGGAGACGACCUUGACGACUUGCUACCCUGUAAGACCACUUGUGUGACAUCGCAGGUCAAAGGUCAAACGGUCAAUAGGUACCAGGUGCGGUACAGCAGCAAGGCCCCAGCUUCACCGUGAAUCACACCACAACAAGUUUCACCCAAUGCACACACACAGAAGGACAGAUGCGGUUGCAAUGAUGUAAUCAUGGCACGGACUUGAACAGCCAAUCAGAUGUGAACGAACGAAUGAAUGACAUUUUUUCCCCCCCAUUGUAGUUUUUAACAUAUGAAACCAGCCUUUUGUGUGUGUGUUCUGUAUGUGCACUUCUCUCGGUUGUAAGUGAAUGAGUAAAAUCAUCAGCCCUUGGAUGCUGGAGACUUAUAAAUGCUUAUUGUCUGAAUCAUCAUGUACCAUAUGACUCUCGCCAAAUCAUGCUUUUUUUUUUUGUUUGGUGUAAUUUUUACAUGUUAAAAACAUGAGAUGAAAUACAAGCGUUUUGCAGAGGAAUGUAUAACACAGAUCCUGUAUCAGUUAUCUUGAAAUAAAACAACCACGUUGUGCAGUUCUUACAA